AUGGCUUCAGCUGGUGUAGCCCCUUCUGGGUACAAAAACAGCAGCAGCACCAGCAUUGGUGUGGAGAAGUUGCAAGAUCAGAUGAACGAGAUAAAGAUUAGAGAUGAUAAGGAAGUUGAAGCAACCAUAAUUAAUGGGAAAGGGACUGAAACUGGGCACAUAAUUGUUACUACUACUGGUGGCAAGAAUGGUCAACCAAAACAGACAGUGAGCUAUAUGGCUGAGCGCAUUGUAGGUCAAGGUUCUUUUGGGAUUGUCUUCCAGGCUAAGUGUUUGGAGACGGGUGAGACUGUUGCGAUAAAGAAGGUUCUUCAGGAUAAGCGUUACAAGAACCGUGAGCUGCAGACCAUGCGCCUUCUUGACCACCCUAAUGUUGUUGCUUUGAAGCAUUGCUUCUUUUCAACAACUGAGAAGGAUGAGCUUUAUCUAAACUUGGUCCUUGAGUAUGUGCCAGAGACAGUUCAUCGAGUUGUGAAGCAUCACAACAAGAUGAACCAACGCAUGCCACUUAUUUAUGUGAAGCUGUAUAUGUACCAGAUAUGUAGGGCAUUGGCUUACAUUCAUGGUACCAUCGGUGUCUGCCACAGAGAUAUUAAGCCACAGAAUCUUUUGGUGAACCCACACACCCACCAGCUUAAACUAUGUGACUUUGGUAGUGCAAAAGUUCUGGUCAAGGGGGAACCAAACAUAUCGUACAUCUGCUCCCGAUACUAUAGGGCUCCAGAGCUCAUAUUUGGUGCUACUGAGUAUACCACAGCGAUUGACAUUUGGUCUGCUGGAUGUGUUCUUGCUGAGCUUAUGCUAGGGCAGCCUUUGUUUCCGGGUGAAAGUGGCGUGGACCAACUUGUUGAAAUCAUCAAGGUCCUUGGUACUCCAACAAGGGAAGAAAUUAAAUGCAUGAACCCGAAUUACACAGAGUUUAAGUUCCCACAAAUCAAAGCACACCCAUGGCACAAGGUAUUCCACAAAAGGAUGCCGCCAGAAGCUGUUGAUCUGGUCUCUCGUCUACUCCAGUACUCCCCAAAUCUGAGAUGCACUGCUGUGGAGGCACUUGUUCACCCAUUCUUUGAUGAGCUUCGAGAUCCUAACACUCGUCUUCCAAAUGGCCGCUUUUUGCCACCCCUUUUCAAUUUCAAAGCUCACGGAUCUGUUGCUGCAGAUUUACAGAGAGCAGAGCUGCCAACACCCAACAGGAUGCCCUUGGGGAAGUACUACUGCGACUACUGCGACAAGCAGUUCCAGGACACCCCCGCCGCCCGGAGGCGCCACCUCCAGGGCGUCCAGCACCAGCGCGCCCGCGCCCUCUGGUACGACUCCAUCCGCCACCAAGAGCAGCAUGGCGGCGCUUCCUCCCUCCUCCUGCCUGACGGCACCCUCGCCAAGGGCAUCUGUCACCACUUCGUCCGCACGGGGGCUUGCAAGUAUGGGGAUUCAUGCAGGUACUUCCAUCCGAAGCCAGAUGGUGUCAAUCCAGCAUUAGCUGCACCAGGGCCUGGGUCUGGACCUGGACCCAUGGUGCAGCAGUCUGAUUUUAUUGGGAACCAACCCAAUUUUGUUGGAUACCAGGGAGCAGACAGAAAUUCUUCCUCAGGGAACAUACUGGGGGUGCACUCCUCCUGGGGCAACCUGCCGCCGUCACUGCAACCUCCUCCUGAAGGCGGCUAUCCUCCCCUCCCGUUCAUCGACUGGGGCUGA